GGGGGGUGUCGCCGACACGACCGAUCUAUAUCCCUGGUUCAGGCAUCAUGCCAAAAUGCAGCCCUCUUGGGUGCGUUCGGCAUAGGAGGAGGGCAACACCCAAUCCCCCUUGCCUUCCCCCACUUUCGCCCCCUUUCGCCCACUUUCCAUAUCCCUGGCGGAUAUUCCCUUUCGUGUCUCAAGCCCCUAAGCAUGACCACCAACAGCAUCCCCCUUGCCGAUGUCGCUGGCCAGUUCGACCAGGCCACCCCUGGCACCCCGGGCCACUUUGUCGUGGCCGCUCCGGAUGCAGAUGUCGUUGAUGCGGAGUUCGUGAUCGCCGGCUUUGUCGACGUCAAGGUGUCCCCCGCUGGCGAGGGUGUCUUUGCUGUGACUGCCACCCGCCCGGCCGAGGACUUUGUUGGUGCCCUCACCCUGAAGGACCGCCAGGCGGUGACUGCCACCGCCGACGAGGAGGAGGACCUCAUUGAUGAGAGCACCCUUCUGGAGGAGCAGGAUUACGACGCCCCGGCCGCUGCCGCGGAGGAGGACUCCUGUGGCCCGGCGGUCAUGCGCGCCUGUGCCGACUGCUCCUGUGGCUUCGCUGACGAGCUGGCCCGUAUCAAGGCCGAGGACUCCGGUGCCACGGAUGCCUUCAAGCCGACCAUCCUGGAUGCCAAGACCGGGAAGGCUGCCAUGCCGGUGGCCAACUCCUCUUGCGGGAGCUGUAACCUGGGUGACGCUUUCCGCUGUGCCGGCUGUCCGUAUCGCGGUCUCCCUGCCUUCCGCGACGGCGAGACUGUCGUCCUGGAUCUCGGUGACGACAUUUGAUUGGCCCAUGCCACUGGUGCAUAUGUUCCCGAGUGCGCAUGCUUGCGCGCAUGAGCGUGUGUGUGUGUGUGUGUG